AUGGCUGCCAGCUUAGGUACCACAGCACUAAGUGAAGUACACCAGGAGGGGUUGGACGAGCUUCUACACGAUCUUGCAAACAUAUAUCCAGCAAGUGAUGAUUUCCACGGACCAUCACUAGGGGUCCCGAUUCUCGAUGCGCUAAUCGAGGUCUUCAUGCUGAAGACUAUGGGCCCUAUUCCUGAUCAUCGACAUUAUGAUCCACAGGAAACACCCCUAACAUCGCCACAAGAACAGGAGUUUGAGCAAGAGCAAGUGCAGGAUAUCCCCGAUGAUGAGGAGAUACUCUAUACCGACGAGUUCGGCGAUGCCGCAUUUGAAGAGCAAGAAGCCCAGUCCAAUCUCUUCUUCUCCGAUUCUGCUUACAGGAGGAAGCGACCCAUUCCCACAGUGGAGAUUUCUAGCAGUCUUUCGGGCGCUGGCAAAUCACAAUUACUGUAUUACCUGACUGCGCGUGCAGUUCUGCCUCGCGAAUAUGGUCAGAUCCCCAUCGGCGGUCAAGAUUCGGCAGUUGUUUUCAUUGAUGCCGAUGAUCGUUUUGAUGUGCAUAGGCUACAGACAGUAGCCCGCGGAAUUAUGCAACAGGCGCAAGAUUCUAUUGAUCCAGAGAGGACAGAAAAUGAGGCUAUUGCAAAGAUACCUGACGAUGAACUUGAAGCUCUGCUUUUCUCUGCGUUGAAACACGUUCAUGUUUUUCGACCACAAUCGUCUUCUGAGCUUCUAGCUACACUUGCCAGCUUGGAUACGUAUCUCUACGAUACGUCUCUCCAUUAUUCUGCAUCACGGCCUCUGCAGAUGAUUGCUAUAGACAAUGCCACCGCGUUCCUUUGGCAAGACAAAUUGUAUGAUAGUAUCUCUCGGACGGAGGAAAUAGGAGUGCCUCGAGAAGAAACUGACAAGCUACGCGAGUUGAAGCAGAGCUUCCAUUUCGUCGAUCUCUAUGCUGAGAUGGUCAACGAAUUGAAGCGCCUACAAACUAAAUUCGGCUGCACGGUUGUCUAUACAACGACCCUCUCUGGGUUCCGGCCGAAAAACUUACAGGCCGAGCAAAGUAGCUCCCUUGGCGUUUAUGAUACUCCCUCAUUUCGAGCCCCGGCGUUUCAACCUUCACUUCCAGCACCUUGGGGAGAAUUCCCCCUUUUGCGUCUGGUUGUCCAGCGGGAUGUUGUUCGUUCAUUCCCUCCUGCAAUGAGUGCACAUGAUGCGAGGAAGGAUGCUCCUAUGAGGCAAAGCGCGGUUCGCCAGGGCCUUUUCUCGGCCUAUGUCAAUGCCUGGAGGCAAGAAGAGUGGCCUCGUCGGGUGGUAGACGGGCUCAGAUCGUGUGGUAAUGGAAGCUUUGUCUUUUAUGUUUGGGAGAAUGGAAUCAACAUCCCACUACCUGAGACAUAA